AUGGCUGCCGUCACUACUAUCAAAGUUCCUCAUUUGGGAGGCAUCACUGCAGGCUACCGCUUGUCAGGUGGCUUCGCCGACCCAACAAAACCAACACUGGUACUGAUCAACUCUAUGUGCACUACAUCCGCCCUCUUUGAGUCCCAGUUCAAGAGCAAGGCUCUCACCGACGCCCUUAAUCUCCUGGCGAUUGAGCCUCUUGGCCAUGGGGCCACAAGCUGCCCCUCCGAGCACUUCACUUAUUGGGACACCGCCAUCAUGGCGCUCCAGGUCCUGGAUGCCCUGAAGAUCAACAAGGCAUUUGCUCUAGGUACUAGCCAGGGGGGCUGGGUGGUCGUCCGUAUGGCACUGCUCGCUCCAGAGAGGAUCCUCGGCCUCCUACCCUUGGGUACAUCCAUGGACUAUGAGUCGGCUGCCUCGCGUGAAAAGGGGUGUUGGGACCCCAAGACGUCACUCCAAGGCUUCAUUGAAUCUUGGACGAGUGCUGAGCCCACUCCUGAUUUCGUAGUCGAUGAGGCUUGGCGAGGGAGUGUUGCAAGGCUCGGAUUCUCCGGCGCCGUCAGCCCUGAGACACUGGCUUUUUGGGAUGAGACAAUCAAGAGUGUGUAUAGUGGUGAUAACGGCCGAAAGAAGGCCCGCAUGGCCACUCUUAAUCUCUGCCACCGUGAUGGGCUCCUCCCGCGUCUUGGAGAUGUCAAAUGCCCUGUGUAUUGGCUUCAGGGCCCCGACGACCCGGUGUAUGGAAACAUUAUUCCCAAUGAGCAUAUCAAGUUAUUCACAUCCUCGCCUGAUGCCACGGUAACUUUUGUUGAAGGAGCUGGCCACUACCUCAAUGCAACAAACCCCAAAGAGACCGAGGAAGCUAUACUGAAGAUGGUUAAGAAGUAUUCACCAUAG